AAUAGCCAAACGGGUCAGGUUUUAUCAGAGCAAGAGUAUCUGUAGGUUUUUGGAAGGGUUUAAGGCGGCUACUCUCUGUUCAUCACUGUCGUUGGCAUCGCACCUUUCUCACUCGAUUCUUUCUUGCUCCGUUCGAAUCAUCGUCGCUUCCACCGUGUUCUUCUGCUUUUCGGAGAAAAUUGCAUAGAUUUCACUCAUCUCUUGCAUGAUUCGGUAAGUUGCAUUGAAGAUGUGGAAGACUCUCUGGAGACAGACUUGUUUGAAGAAGCUGAAAUCUUCGCCCCAAUUUUAUGUGCUUCGGCCUUGUUGCUUUAGCUCCGUAACGCUUUCUGAUGAUGAGGAGGUUAAAUUUCAAAAUUCUAUGGAUUCUGCGGUUGCAUCGUGUUCGGCGUUGCGGCGGAUCCGAAGUGGUUUCUGCUCGUAUUCCAGCAGCGGUUUUGGAUCUUUGAUGUUUGCGAGAGGUUAUGGAAGCGUUGCCGAGGCCAUUGUUUCUUCGACGACGGAAGAAGAUGAAGAGGAAGAUAGCGGGGAUAAAGAAGAAAUGCGGCGGUUGAUGGAGCGGCAAGUCAUGAGCAGACUGGGGAAGGUGGAGGUUGCUGCCGCUCAGCAGGGGCAAGUAAAGAAGACGAGUAAGUUGGUUGGUGGAAUGGGACAGGGGAAGUAUCUUAUGCUUCGAAGGCGACAAGUCAAGAUUGAGACGGAGGCGUGGGAAGAGGCGGCGAAGGAGUACCAAGAACUUCUGAUGGACAUGUGCGAGCAGAAGCUUGCACCCAAUUUGCCAUACAUGAAAUCAUUGUUCCUGGGCUGGUUUGAGCCAUUGAGGGAUGCUAUUUUAGCAGAGCAGAGGCUGUGCGUGGAAGGGAAGAAUAGGAGUGCUUAUGCUCCAUAUUUUGAUCAGUUGCCCGCGGACAUGAUGGCAGUAAUUACAAUGCAUAAGUUAAUGGGAUUAUUGAUGACUGGUGGAGGACAAGGCGGUGCUAGGGUGGUUCAAGCUGCUUGCCAUAUUGGAGAAGCCAUUGAGAAUGAGGCUAGGAUACACAGGUUUAUGGAGAGGACAAAGAAUAAGAAUGCAUUCAAAAAGAAUCCUGAAAAAGGAUCUGAUUCUUCGGUUCAAGAACAAAAAAAGUUAAGGAAGAAGGUUGCUGUCUUGAUGAAAAAGCAAAAGCUGCAUCAAGUGAGAAAAAUAGUGAAAGAACACAAUGAUAUAAAACCUUGGGGACUGGAUGCUCAAGUCAAGGUUGGAUGCCGUCUGAUUCAGAUUUUGAUGGACACUGCCUAUAUACAACCUCCAGCUGAUCAAGUAGGUGAUGGUCCACCGGAUAUUCGCCCUGCCUUUAUACACACACUGAAAACUGUAACCAAGGAAGCGCAGAAAUUUAGCAGGCGAUAUGGAGUAAUUGAAUGUGACCCAUUAGUCCGGAAAGGCCUGGAAAGAACUGCCAGGCACAUGGUGAUUCCAUACAUGCCCAUGUUGGUACCUCCAGUGAACUGGACAGGGUAUGAUAAAGGAGCAUAUUUGUUCCUACCAUCAUAUAUCAUGCGCACACAUGGAGCAAAACAGCAACGUGAUGCAGUAAAAAGGACUCCAAAGAAGCAAUUAGAACCUGUUUUUGAGGCCCUUAAUACACUUGGUAGUGCCAAAUGGAGAGUAAAUAAACGAGUUCUUGGUGUCAUAGACAGGAUAUGGGCUAGUGGAGGCCAUCUUGCAGACUUGGUCAGCCGAGAAGAUGUUCCUUUACCAGAUGAACCAGACACAGAAGAUGAAGCAGAAAUCAGAAAAUGGAAGUGGAAAGUUAGAACUGUAAAAAAAGAGAAUAGUGAGAGGCAUUCACAGCGGUGUGAUAUAGAACUAAAACUUGCUGUUGCUCGAAAGAUGAAGGAUGAAGAUGGCUUCUUCUAUCCACAUAACCUUGAUUUCCGUGGUCGUGCGUAUCCCAUGCAUCCAUAUUUGAACCAUCUUGGCUCUGAUCUUUGCCGAGGCAUUCUGGAGUUUGCCGAGGGGCGCCCCCUUGGAAAGUCCGGGUUACGUUGGCUGAAGAUACAUCUUGCAAAUUUGUAUGCUGGUGGUGUGGACAAGUUGUCGUAUGAUGGUCGCAUAGGAUUUACGGAGGAUCAUUUGGAUGAUAUCUUUGAUUCUGCAGACCGGCCUCUGGAAGGAAGACGCUGGUGGUUGGGUGCAGAGGACCCACUUCAAUGCUUAGCAACAUGUGUAAAUCUUACUGAAGCAUUAAGAAGCCCCUCUCCGGAGACUUUUCUUUCUCAUAUGCCUGUCCACCAGGAUGGAUCAUGUAAUGGCUUGCAACAUUAUGCUGCCCUUGGAAGGGACAAGUUAGGAGCAGCCGCAGUCAAUCUUGUUGCAGGAGAUAAGCCAGCAGAUGUUUACUCUGGGAUUGCUGCUAGAGUUCUGGAUAUUAUGCGGAGGGAUGCACAGAAAGAUCCUGCAACUGAUCCAAAUGCAUUGUCUGCUAGGCUUUUAAUUAAUCAGGUAGACAGGAAAUUGGUUAAACAAACAGUGAUGACAUCAGUAUAUGGUGUUACUUACAUUGGUGCCCGUGACCAAAUCAAGAGGAGGCUGAAAGAACGAAAUGCCAUUGAAGAUGAAGCACAGUUGUUUGCCACAUCUUGUUAUGCAGCAAAAACCACACUGACUGCUUUAGGGGAGAUGUUUGAAGCUGCAAGAAGUAUCAUGAGUUGGCUCGGUGAGUGUGCAAAGAUUAUAGCUUUAGAAAAUGAGCCAGUACGGUGGACUACUCCUCUUGGGCUUCCUGUCGUCCAACCAUACCGUCAAAUAGGAAGACAUCUUAUUAAGACUUCUCUCCAAAUAUUGACGCUACAAAGGGAAACUGACAAGGUCAUGGUUAAGAGGCAGAGAACAGCUUUCCCUCCAAAUUUUGUUCACUCCCUUGAUGGUUCCCAUAUGAUGAUGACUGCUGUUGCCUGUAAAGAAGUGGGCUUGAAUUUUGCAGGAGUGCAUGAUUCAUACUGGACACAUGCAUGUGAUGUGGAGCAAAUGAACAUAAUACUAAGACAAAAGUUUGUUGAGCUCUAUGAGGCACCAAUUCUAGAAAAUUUAUUGGAGAGCUUUCAGAAGUCAUUCCCUUCAUUAGGAUUCCCUCCUUUGCCCGAGCGUGGAGACUUUGAUCUAAGAGAGGUGAUGGAAUCUCCCUAUUUUUUCAAUUGAUAGAACAAGAGGCGUUUACAUUGGCAGUUCUCUUGUCCGAUUGGUGAUCGGUGCUCAUAUUCUUUUAUUCAUGGGGCUAGCAAUUUAAAAGGCAAGUUUACCUCUAGCUCUUUACUAAAAAUUGAAUAAAGAAUAGCUAGAGCCACGGCAUUAGGAACUGGAGGAGGAAUGAAACAUGAUUCCUGGGCUUUGUGCUGCCCCCUCAUCCAUGAACUGGGGGUUAUCUAUUUUGUACAUAAGUUGGAAGAUUUCUAUGGGCUGUCUGCAUCUCAAUUGAUCUGGAAUCAUGCUUAAGAGGAUGAUCGAAGGAUCAGAGAUAAAAUUGCGGUGUAAAAAGCGGCUGUUGUUGAUAGAGCACCUCUGAGAUCGAAGUACAAACUCUCUUAUUAGGCUUGUGAUGGAGGACUUUAAAGCUGCAGCAAUAUAACAGGAACUCUUUUGAUACAUUGAUUCCAACAGAGAAUGUACAGAAUCUUGUGCAACCAUUGAAGAUUUCAGAAUUUCAUUGGAUGAAGUGAAUUUCAGAAAAGCUGGUGGUCCACAAAGAAUAGUUGCCGAGUGGAUAGUGGAUGAUGCUUGACCAUUGCCAUUUGCCACUGCUGCACCCACCCUUAUUUAUUUCUGAGCAAGAUGCAUGCUCAUGUUUUCUUAAUUUUUUCAUAUAAGAUAAAGCAGCUUUAAUUCUUUAGGCGGCAGAGACUUGUGAAUGUGAAAUGUUUAUUAGGAUGCAUAUAUAUAUACAUAUAUAUUACUACUAA